UUAACAGAAUGAUAUAAGUAAUUUUGCACUUGUGGGCUAGUUCUUUAGUACAUUCUGGUGUACUCUAUGAUAAACGAGAUACAAUAGAAUGAUCUAGAUGUGCUGCAAAAAUGCUUGGUAUAAUAGUAGCUGGACGACUCGUCCAAACCGACUUUCAACAAGUUGGUGAGAAUCAGUUUUUGAUUACUAUACCUGAUGCUGACAAUAUAAAUCACAUAGUAGUGUUCCUGACUGGUACUAUUCCUUUCUCAGAUGGUAUGGGAGGUGCAGUAUAUUUUAGUUGGCCAGAUCCAAAUGCACCACCCAAUUGGCAAUUUCUUGGAUAUAUUUCCAAUUCUAAGCCAUCGGCCAUUUUCAAGAUAUCGAAUUUGAAGAAAAACCAUGAAUUUGUGAAUAGCAAUUUAGGAAUUUUUGGGGUUGGUAAGAUCUCGCACUUUGCGCAGAUUGGUGUGUCAGUUGAUCCAUUGACAGUAAUUGAGCAGCAGAUAGCUACCGUUGCCGCAACUACAACCAGUUCUUCCAUGGAAUUCGUACAAAAGAUGUUGACAAGUUUUGUGAAUUAUGUGACUAGUUUUACAGUGACACAAGCUCAAAUGACACCAAAUCCUACUGAGAACUUUGUGCCUCUGUCUACAUUACAGAGCUGGUAUGAAACCUUCGAGAGGCGAUUACAGCAGAAUCCGAAUUUUUGGAAAUCGUGA